AUGCCUCGUCGCGAGUUGACUCAGAGGACGCCCUCUUACGCGAACAAUAGUGCUUGUGACCUUAUGCUCUUCUCUGCUUUGCUGGUCAGCCUUGCUUUCUCCUGCAUCGCAUCGGCUGAACCUCUUCCAACUCCCGACUUCUUAGACCUCGCGGCGAUUGACGCUCUUGGUCCACCUCCGCCAACACCCACACUCGAUCUAGCAGUCACCUCAGAGAUCGUUGCCUUCAACACUGCCUCUGCAGCAUCUGCCGCCGCCGCAGAUAUCACCAACGCUGCUGACUCGGACAACACCGUUAUUGUCGCCAAAUAG